UGUCGGUUGCCCUUUUAAAAGGGUAGAUUAGUCAUGGCUAUUUUGUUAGAAUCAUUUUGUAAUGAACCAUUUUACAGACGCACGCUAAUAAUCUGUAGCUUAUCGCUAUUAUCAUAAAAGUAUAAAAGUUAUUUUUAAAAUUAAUGUUCUAAAACUGCGAAAGGAAAAAAUAAACAUAAACACCAACCAAAAUGGCGUCGCUCACUAAACAGGUUGUAAAACUAAUUGCUGUUGCUGGUGCUGUUCCGGUUGUAGGAAUAGCUGCUGGUUAUAGAAUGCGUGCUCUUCAAGCUGCAGAGAGCAAUACAACUGAAAGCCGUGUAUAUAGAAUUUGUGACUUGCCACUUUACCCAAAGAGUUCUGCUGUAAAAGAGACUAAUAAUUACUUCAAAGAUUCAUAUCCUCGCAAUGCUGUUGAAGAACAAAUAAGUGUUGUCAGAAAAUCAUUCACAGAUUUUUGUGAGCAGUACAAGGCAACUUUUGACAGCUUAAAAUUGAAAACUGAAAUUGGAAUUGAACACUCUAAAGGAAGCUUAGACUACAUCCAAAACAAUCCUGGUGAACUUCCUCGUGUAAUAUUUAUAACAGUUGCGGGCAUGGGAGGAAUUGUUCUAGGCUACAAAGGUGGAGUUGUAAAGAAAUUAAUCUAUGCCAGCAUUGGGGCUUUUUCAAGUGCUGCACUCUGCUACCCUAAGAAAAGUGUAGAUUUGACUCACCAAGCUACUGACCUUCUUAAAGCCAGUUGGAAAGAAUUCAUUGGAAGUAAUUCUGUUCGGAAUCUGUCGUCACCUACUAAAGGAGGACUUGAGAAAGAGCAGAGUGAAACAGUUCCUGAAAAAGAUCCUAAUUCUGAAUUAACACCCACAUUCCUGGUGCCAUCUUAUGAUUCAAAUCAAAACAAGGAAGACAUCAAACCUUCAUACUUGGGAGUGUCAACAGUGGAGAAGAAAAAGUUUUCUGAUGUUAAAAAACUUAAAGGUGAUCCAGGCCAAUCCAACCCGGUGGAUAAAGAUUUAUAUAGCACCCGCUCUUCAUAAUUUAUUUUAGGAUUUAAAAUUAAAGAAUGUGCCACACUCAA